UUACGCCACCACAACACGCCCCAAAGCUCCAAAAAUUCGCCAGUUUGCCAAUAACUGCAGCCGCUUUCGUUUGACCCCAAAUUUGUGAGGUCUUUCGAGGCAUGGCGCCUGCAGCGCGCGAGUGGCCGGAACUGGCCGCCCGCGGGGGCACCUGGCCAGGGGACCACCCACAGGACCGCGCCAUGAACAUUCUACACGACAACAGGAACCUGCUGGAACACGCGAAAGCCCACUCGAAGAGCAUCGCGACGCCCGUCCGGGACCAUCUGACCCACGUCGGCGCCUUCCUCGCCGAACUGCUGAAGCACCCUCCCGGCGCCGACUGGUGGGCGUCGCACGAGGCCCUCCACCGCGAGGUGCGAGAUCUACGCGCCAACAUGAACCAGCACUUCAAGACCCUCGAGAUCUCGACCAAGGGCCUGCCCUCGAUCACGUCCUGGGCGGCCGCGGCCCGAAAGGCCCCUCCCCCGACCUCCGCAUCGAUCUCCCACGCGACGAACAGCACCGAGCCUGCAAGCCCCCCCGAGCUCCGCGACGCCGACAAGGUGAUCGUGAAGCUCGGGUCUCCGGCCAUGGUCAAACGCUACCGCGGCUACAAGCCGGAGAGGAUCCUACACGACACGGAGCAGGCGCGGCGCCGGCUGGCGAUGGCCGAGGGCUCCCUCCCUCUGGCGGGCGUAAAAUUCUGCGCGGCGCGGCAACUCAUGUCAGGUGACUUGAGCCUCACCCUACGGUCCGCUGCGGAGGCGGAGGUGGCCCGCCGCCACCCCGCGUGGGCCAAAGCCCUUGACCGGGACGCGGUGAUCCGCCGGCCCACGUACGGGGUGGUCGUCCACGGCGUCCCCAGGGGCUCUGCGGACCUCGCCCACGACCAGGAGGUGAUCAUCGACCGACUGGUGACGCAGAACAGCCACUGCUGGGGAGAGAAGGCCGAGAUCGACCGGGUCAACUGGCUCGCGGGUGAACCCACGAGGACCAGGGGGAGAGCGACAGGGCUGAGGUAACCUCUGCCGCAAGCCAGUUGGCAAGCGAGCUGGCCUACGAAGCAACCGGUCAAUCUGAGUUGAGCUCGCUCACCGAGGUGUCAACCGCGGGCGCCAGCGGUGAGGGCUACCACGCAGCCCAUCUGCUAAAGCAGUUCCGCCAACCGGCCAAGCCUAACCGACUGGCCAGACGAAUCACCCGAUCCAUGUCGGCAAGCGAAACCAACCUUACUAACCGGUCUGAUCCUUCGAGGAUCUCCCUGGUUCUCACCACCACCGAGCAAGCAACCAGCGAACGCG